AUGGGAAAAUUUAGGUCUAAACUUAAAGGAAAAUCAAAGGGUAAAAGAUGGCAGAAAGGUCAAUCUUCCAAUUCAAAUCCAAAAUCGCAAAAGUACAGAGAAAUGGCAAAAUCCCGGUUUUUUCAAGAGAAUCUUGGAAGCACUGGGUUAACCCAGCAAGCUGUGUUAAAACAUGAUGCCAUGAUGAUCUAUGGUCACAGCAGUGGUAAACAAAAAUCAGAUGGAGAAAAUGAGCUUACAAUAGCAAAGGAGUUUGAGAAUAUGUCUGUGAAGACUGGAGAUGAGGAUUCUGAGACUGAGUACACUGGAUCCAUGAGAUCUGGUACAUUCAAAACAUUUCAGACGUUCGCAUCUGAUUGGAGUCAAUGUUCCAAUGUCAGUUUUAGCAAGUUGUUAAAUAGAUUUGAUUCCAACAAUGCUGUCCAUAAAGAGAUGCUUGCUGUAUUAGCUGCAGUGACUGAGGUCAUCAAGGAACAGGGUGGCAAGGAAACUACUACAGAAUAUUUUGCGGCAUUGAUGCAAACCUUAAAAGCUUCGGAGGAUGAUAGCAGUCUAGUGGCAACCCUGUCACUGCUAUCAAUGGGCAUCAAAUCGGUUCCCCAAGCUGUACUCAGAAAACAGUUCUCAGAUUCCGCAUCAAUAUUCAUUGAGCUACUGGAGAAGAAUGCGCAGAGUGACAAUGGUACAUUAUUAAGGAGCGCAAUAGGAUGCCUUUCUGUGUUGCUUAGAGCACAGGAGUAUGCUCUAUGGGGUGAUUCUUCAACCAUGAAAGUGUUUGACUCCGUCCUGGCGUUUUCAUUGCAUUCAAAGCCAAAGGUACGAAAAGCAGCGCAACACGCAGUUACAGCGAUCCUACGCGGCAGUUGUUUCAUGCUCCCUUCAGAAGAUGAAAAGGCAAAGGUUCCAAAGUUACAUCCAGCAUCAAAUAGAGUUGCCGAAUAUUGCUUGUCACAAAUAAAGCCUGAGGCGCUUCUGUCUGGUCACCGUUCCGUCCUUCACAUACUGACAAUGCUGCGGGACGUCUUGUCCGUAUUCAGCAAAGAUUACAUAAAGACAAUCUGCGAAGCUAUCCUAUCUUUAAUGACACAUAACAAUAUAUACAUCAAAACCUGCUGCAUGCAUACUCUCCACGCGCUGUUCUCAUCACCGCGAGAAACCAGCAACCUGACAAGUACCCUGGCAGCCCAGUUGUCAAGGGCACUUUUGGCUGCCAGACCGGCUGCCACUGACACGGGGCAGAGUUUGGCCUGGGCAGCUGUGCUACAGCAGGCGUUAUGCUGCCUAGCACGACUAGACUUGAAUCUGUGCAUAUCCAACGUGUCACCAUUCGUCAACAUUUGCGUGACCGAACUGUGGCUGUCAGAUGUCGCUGAUAUUAAUUCAGCUUCCACCAAUGCACUUAAGGCAAUACUUCUAGACUGCGUGAAGCUAGCCAUCGAAUCUGAAGAGUGUUUGACAAAACACAAAACUCACAUUGACUCAAUAUUCAAGACUAUUGGCACAGGUCUGGAUAACCCGUUCAACCAAGCUAUUAAACAUGUUAUUAUGACGAUAGCAGUUUGCUUUGAGAUAGGUAAUGAAAAGUUAUUUCACGUUCUUGGACCACUGUUGAAGAAAUUGAACGAAAGAAGAGAAAGCCACAACUUCCAUCACGAGAAGGAAGCAGAAUAUGCCACUGGUUGUGCCGUAAAGGCCUUGGGACCUGAGUUUGUUUUACGACACAUACCUCUGAGGGACGGAGAAGACAUUAACUUGGAGAGAAGUUGGCUUCUACCCGUACUGAGGGAGAAGAUAGUCAAUUCUAAUCUGAAAUUCUUUGCGACGGAAAUAUUAGAAAUGGCAACGUUUUGCAGACGAAAAUCGCGUGAAUUCGCCCAAUCGAAUGACACUCCACGUGCCCACACUUACGAUUUACUAUGCAAUCAAUUAUGGGCCUUAUUGCCUAGUUUUUGUAACAGCCCAAAGGAUAUUAAAGAAAGUUUCAAAGCAAUCGCCAGGGUAUUGGGUAAUGUGUUGAAGGACAAUCCGGAAUUUCGACAGUCUAUUAUGCAGGCUUUAAGGAAGCUAAUCGCUUGCUCGGUUGAUAAUGAAGGGGACAAGAAUGAGUUGGGUCGAUUUGCAAAGAACUACUUGCCCAUACUGUUAAAUAUUUACAUGUCGCCGGCGAAAGGCAGUAUGGCGGAAGGACAGAGGUUGGCUGCUCUUGAAACAAUACAGGUGUAUCUAACAAUAAGCGAUGAAAACGUAAGGGAGGAGUUGUACAAAAACGCACUGCAACAGCUCGAAGCAUCGGUCGACAACCACUUCCAACGCGAAUCUAUCUUGGAUAUCAUACGUCUUCUCGUCUUGUACCAAACAAGUGAGCAAAUCGCAAUUUUGUUCGACAAAUGGGUGUUCCCACUCUGUGAGACGGUCUUAGAGGAUCCUAAGACAUUCAAAAAGGCAAGAAGAGAGGCAAUGGCGGAAGAUGGAGAAGUCAAAAAGCAACUGAGGUACAAGGAGAAAGCAAAAUUACUAGAAAUGGAACACAAAAAAGCUUAUAGGAUAUUAGAGGAGAUUUUCAGGAGUGAGAAAGAGACGUGUAAGCAAUUUAUAAAGGACAAUUAUAAGAAGAUAAAGAAAAUGUUGAUGAGUUCGUUGAGCAAAGUUGCUGACAGCAGCAAGGCUGCUAGAUUGAGGUGCAUAGAACAUCUUAUAAAUGCCACUCAUUUCGUGAAUGCUGAAAACAAGUUACUGAAGAGUGCGAUAGCUGAAUCGGUGAUAUGUACAAAAGACAUAAAUUCAAAAUGUCGACAGUGUGCCUUCAACGUUAUCAACACUGUUGGAAAUGUUCUGAAAGAUCAAGAUGGAGGAAUGCAAGCAUUCCUAGAGAUGCUGUCAUCCGGUCUAACAGCGCCACUCCCUCGUGUAGUGAGUGCAACUCUCAGAGCGCUCGCCUCCGCACUGUUCAACUUCUCUGAGGAGAUGGGCCUGGAAACCGUCCAGCAGCUGUUGGAGAAGGUGGCUGAGAUGAUGCUGAACAACAACAGAGAAAUUGUUGCCGGUGCUAUGAGCUUCCUUAAGGUGUACACUAAAGUCUUACCCACUGAGGUGCUAGCUGGUAGCCUUCCGCUGAUCUUCAAAACCUUGUCCAACAUGUCCGAAGACUGCAAGAGACAUUCACGUCUUGAAAUCGGUUAUUUCUUGGCGAGAAUGACGAGGAAAUACGGUGCGGAAACUGUGGAGAAACUUAUACCAAGUGAGGAUGAGGUCAUGCUGAAAAGACUGAGGAAUAUAAGGAAGAUGGAGAACAGGAAAAAGAGAAUUAGAGAAGAGAGAAGAAACCAAGCCGAUUCGGAUUCUGACAACGACUUGGCUGUGAAAGGCACCUCGAAAACUCUAGAGGACAUCCUCAAGGACUCCGACUCAGAGAUGGAAUACCUAGACGAAGAAGUAACACCUAAGAAUAAGGUGAAGCGAGCAAAGAACAAGGCCUGGAUUCAAGAUGACGCUGAGGAAAUCGUGGACCUCGCUGAUGUAUCUGCUGCUAGAAAGAUUACUGCUACGGAUCCGACGCAAAAGAAGAAAGUGACAGAAGAAAAGGCACAGAAGAAGAAAGACGGCGGGUUCAGAACCGCUCCGGACGGAAGACUGAUCAUCUCCGAAGAUGCGUUCGACGAUGAAGACGAGCCGCCCAAGCCCAGCGGUGAUAUUGACAGUGACACCGAUGAUACUGAUAACGAAGCGACCGAAGCUAAGCCGUCGAAGCUGCUGAAGCCGGGAAGCAAACGUCGGUACGAUGACAUCUUGAGUAUAAAGAGCGGACGCAGCAACAAGAGCCGCGCCUCCACGGCCACGCUGUCCCGCUACACGACUGGAGGCCGCGGUAUACACAGGCCUCUUGGAUCCGCUGCUUCCGUAGCUUCAUCAGUUGGCACGGAGUACAGAAGUAAGAAGGCCAAAGGUGAUAUCAAGAAAAAGGGUAAACCCGACCCUUACGCGUACCUGCCUCUAUCAAGGAAGAACCUCAAUAAAAGGAAAAAAGCGACAACUUCGAAACAGUUCAAGGGGAUCGUGAAAUCGAAGACUAAAGGCGUCAAGUUGAAAUCCAAGAGGAAAUGA